AUGAUAAGACAAGCACCCCGUUGCCUCUUCCGCGCUCCUAUCCCUUCCCUCCGCUCCACCCCAACGCGCCGCUUCCUUUCCACCGCGCCACCAGCGCAACAGUCGCGGAGCUGGAAAAACUACGCAACGAGGUUGGGGUUGGCAGUUGGAGUGGUAUAUUAUUACAAUACAAGCACCUUGUUCGCCGAAGAACCUCCAUUCGCAGUCCCUCCUCCGAGCAGCCCCUCCGACGAAACCUCUGUCCCAACCCUUGAAUCGGUAAAGCCGAAUCGCCAAGACAGACCUCCCCUUCCCACGCCUCCGUCAAAGUCCACGGAACCGGAAACACUUGAAGAAACAGAGCAACAAGCCUCGCAAGAGGGUGCCUUCAAUGAAGAGACCGGCGAGAUACAUUGGGAUUGCCCAUGCUUAGGGGGUAUGGCGUACGGGCCGUGCGGGGAGCAGUUCAGGGGGGCGUUUAGCUGUUUUGUGUUUUCGAAGGCAGAGCCGAAGGGGAUGGAUUGUAUUGACAAUUUCAAGACGAUGCAAGAUUGUUUCCGCGGACACCCCGAAAUCUACGGCUCCGAACUCGAAGAAUACGACGCCCCCCCACCCGACGAAGGUGCCCCGUCUCCAGAGUCGGGCGAUGGACCAAUACCAGCAGCCGCGACGUCAGCUGUACCUGCGUCGCAAUCACCGCCGUCGUCAUCUCCAGAUCCUGUGGCCUCGGGAGCAGGUGUUAGUGAUACAGAGCGCGCACAAGCUGCGAAGCGGCAAGUGGAGAGUGAGCAUGGCGAGCCGACGAGUGAGAGCGAUGAGAUGGUACCGAAGGCGGCACAUGAUGCUACGGGUGCUAGUGUUAAGAAGUGA